AUGUCUUCCAACACUCCCUACUACGGGAAGCCGACAGAGCCGCACAACCUCGGUCCGCAAUGUCGCCUGGCCCCGGUAACCCACCCCUUCUCCCCGGACCAUACCGAUGGAAUACCUGCUGUCAACGCUCAAUACUUCUACAUGUCACCCAUACCCAUCGACGACCCCCUUUCCACCUCGACCAUCGCCGUCGCCACCGAUGCCAAGGCCGCGAGGGCAAGUCUGCAGCCAUUCUCGCCGGGCGACAAUAACGCCCUGGAAAAGGCCUGGCUGGGUCUCGCCAGCGACGAACAUCGAAGAAAUCAUAGCCACGCCCGCCGUCGUAGAAGCCCGAGCCCUCCCCUCGCCCGCGCCAAUGCCGAUAAGUUAGCUGCCAUCAUAGACCAUCUCGCCGUGGAGCAUGCCGAGAAGCACGCCCGCGAAGGGCCAGCACGGGACUCGAUACCGAAUGCCGACGAGCCUUUGCCUGUGCCGGACUCUGCCCAUUCGGUUUGCUGCCCGGCACUUCUUGUCCAUGUCGCCACUGCGCUACGGACGUCUUUCUGCGCUGUCGCACGAAGGAACCAACAUACACUAGACCGAGAAAGCGUUGCCCUGGCCGUCAUGGACAAGAUGAGCACUAUGCAUACCGACUCGCCAGCCUCCGUCGUAGCCAAGUCGGAGACAUCCCACAGAUUUGCUUCCCGUCGCCUGCGGGGGAAUUCUUUGGUUGAGAUGCACGCCGAGCCGACGUCCAGCAGUCGGCCUUCGAGCAGAGACGUAUCAGAUGGAAGGCGCAGGGCACAGUCCCAGACGAAAGCAUAUGCCUCCUCCGUCGAGCACAAUGCGAAUAUAAAUAUUCCCGCCAAAUCUUCAUUGGUCGACGACGGCAUCUCGGGAAGGCCUUUCGUCCGAGUGGGUACUCCUGAGUCUACAACCUUCUCUCCGCCAUCGUCCGUACCCAAGACUGCCACUUCACCAACUACCACAAUGCCUACCAAGGAGCAGAAACGCGUUCCUGCGCCAACAGGAUCCCCAUCAUCACUGCCGGAGCGCGGGCGACAAGCGUCAAGAGCCUCUGUCCAUGUCCCAGUAGGGGUAUCUAGGCUGCAUGAGGUGACUCUCCCCGCCUUGCAAAUGAAGCCUAUCUACUGGUCCCCUGUGAAUGAUUUGAGUACCGUCCUCCGGGCCACGUGGUUCUAUCGGGAUGAUAUGCGACCUAUUGAUCCUGCCGUCGCCAAUCAACUCGAGGCGGGCUAUCGGGAGCUGAAGCCCCAUACCGAGACUUGGAAUGACGAGCUUAGGUGUGCUAUAGAAGUAGGUCCGCUUGGUGAGGAGAAGGUUUCUCAUCCCCUAUGGCCAACAAUGUCCAGUUCAUCCGCCAAGACGGAGGACGAGUCAUCGGAACCCUCUGUAUCAAGUAACCCAUUUUGCGCUGCUCGUUGCUUCCGCGGCGAAGCUGCUGCCGAGGGAAGCCUGCUCCCAACUCCGAACGAAGACAACUCCCUGCCGUUGCAACCUCGAAAGAAAUUUGAGCAUUACCACGUGAUAUACAAGGAUGAAAUGACAGCCUUUCUCUUGAAGCCGAGCUUGAAACCAUCUGCAUACUACGGCCGCCGGCCCGUAGCCAAGAUAGCCAAAGGUCUCACUAUCGGCAUUCCUGUUGUACGGGGGUUUGACUACGAGACGUGGACGAAAACGCACCAGAAGAAGCAGGUACAACAGCAGGACACACCACAUGCGAGAGCCGCCGCCGCCGGUUAUGCCCGUAGUCGUAACCGCGAUGGUGUCUGCUCAGCCUGUAUGGCAGAGAAGCAACGCAGCCAGGUUACAGACCUCGUAUUGGUUGUCCACGGGAUUGGGCAGAAGUUGGCGGAGCGAGUGGAGAACUAUCACUUCACACAUGCUAUCAAUGCAUUUCGUCGAGCGGUCAACGUCGAACUCGGGAGUGAGGCCGUCAGGGGGGUUCUUCGGGAUGGUCAGAAUGGCAUCAUGGUUCUUCCAGUCAAUUGGAGACAGAACCUUUCGUUCGAGGACGGCGGGCCGCUGAAGGAGGAAGAUAAAGCGGACUAUACGCCCGAGGGCUUCAGUUUAAAGGAUAUCGAGCCCAAGACCAUCCCUGCAGUCCGAAGCAUGAUAUCCGAUGUUAUGUUUGAUAUACCAUUCUACAUGAGUCAUCACAAGCCGAAGAUGGUUUCGGCCCUGGUCGGCGAAGCCAACCGCGUUUACAGACUAUGGUGCCGGAAUAACAGCGGCUUCUCAGAGAACGGACGAGUCCAUCUUAUCGGCCAUUCUCUGGGCAGUGUCAUGUCCGUCGAGGUAUUAUCGAGGCAACCAACAACGAUACCCGCUCUGCAGCUGGCGGAGCCGCCGCAGACCAAAUUCUUCGAGUUCGACACCAAGAACAUUUUCCUAGUCGGUAGUCCCGCCGCAUUCUUCCUGUUGCUUGAAAGGGGUACGUUGCUGCCCCGGAGGGGCCGGACGAAGCCGGGGGCCCACCCGGCGGACACCACCGACGGAGAUGUCAUUGGCGAUGCCGGCAUGUUCGGGUGUCUGGCAGUAGACAACAUCUAUAACAUCCUGGCCCGAGAGGACGCCGUCGCUUACCUACUCAAUGGCACUGUGGAUCCAAAAUACGCAGCGAGCUUGAAGACGGCAUACGUCCCCAGUGCGUCGCCCUCUUUUCUGCAAUCUGUGGGCAGCGCCGUGAAGGGCUUCAUCCCCGGGGCUUCAUCUUCGCCCGCGGGUGCUGCGAAGCCUGCCCUGGUCAUGCCUCCGACGGUACGCCUUCCGUCGCAGCUUGAGCUAGAAGUCCACGAUUUCACACGCGAAGACAUUGCCGAGAAAAAGGCAUUCCUUCUCAACGAUAACGGGCAGAUCGAUUACUUCCUGCGAUCUGGUGGUGGGCCACUUGAGCUACAGUAUCUGAACAUGUUGAGUGCACAUACCAGUUAUUGGCUUAACCAUGACUUUAUCCGCAUGCUGUGCCAGGAGAUAGGGAGGAAACCAGGGAGGGCGAACACGUUGCCGGCAAUGAGGGCAAUGAAAAUCACGAAGCGGGCCCUUCCAUCCGCAAGUUGA